UCUAUAUACCUGUCUAGACGUUACAUUUAGGCUAAAUACUUGUAAGCUAAUGUAAUUGCGGCAAUUAAGAACGUAUUAGAAGUGGUUAAUUUCGCUGCGACUUUGGAUGCUUUUAUUUUGAGAGGGAUGCUCAUGGUAGUUCCUAGAAUAGGGCUGGCAGGUAAAUCUGGCACGAGACGUCUGCGUUGGGCCUUCAGCGCUAAACCGAGAGAUGCUAGAGUGUGUUUUUACAACAAGUGGAAUGCCCUUAGCUGCAGCCUCCUCCCCGAUGGGUCUCGAUGGUGAGUAUAAAUAAAUCACCUAGGGGCAUAUGGGAGAGGUUCAUGGACGCUGUCUUGGGCGGACAAGCAAGCAAGCGGCGGUUCUCUCGACCAACACAGAUACACGCAAACGCUUACACACUUAAAUACGAAUAUACAUAUAUACGUGUACGUAUACCUACACACACAGGUACAAACCGAUAUCCCCAGCCAGUCCUGAGCAUACUUUCAAUAACAAUACUUGACCAAACCAGCUACCCAGGCUAGCAGCUAGUUCACUCACUCCACAUGUAUUCUACAUACCCGUUUAAACGCAGCACCGUAGACACCAACCAUACUCUCUUACAACAUACAAGCAAGCAAAGCAGCACACCACGGCCAUGCAUUUUAUCUUUCCUCGCGCGCACUCCAGCACUCCGGCACUCAUGCCUUAGUCCUCCUCCUCUUCGUGUCCCGCAGUUUCAUCAGUUUUAAUUAGUUCUCGUGUCCAGUGUUUCAUACGGAAAUCCAGUGGUUAACAUUCAAUAUUCGAAUAAAACUGUUUGGUGUUUGUUGUUCCGUGGAUUGUGUUGCUAGGAUACACUUCUUGGAUCAAUCGAAGCCUGCAUAAUAAAUAUAACAUGCCUUGAAGAAGAAAAAAAUAGGAAAAUAAAGUAAACAUAUUAUUUACGAAAGACAGGGUAAGAUGGCAAGCCCGGAAGAUGUAGGCGCCGAGGGGAUUGAUUUGAUUUGCUGGAAUGGGGAAGGAAGUUUGCAAAGAUGUGAUAGUACUGAUAAUGUGGAGGCUUUGAAUGUGCUUUUGAAGUUGGACGAGGUGUUGAACGAGUGCUUGAAGGAGAGCGGAGAUGAUAGUGAUUGUGAAUCUAGAUUUAAUAAUAAUAGUGGAUUCAGUGACGAUUUUGUAACGAAGAAUAACGACGGGUAUAGACUGAGCAGGCAAAUAAGCUUGGAGGAAUUGGAGGGUAGAAAUGAAUCUUUGAGCGUGGAGGAAUGCUUGAAUGAUCUGGACGAGUAUUUGAAGACUUUCGACGAUUCCUUUGGAAGCAACACUUCGCUGAUGGAGUUCGACUUACAUGGGAGGAGUUUGAGUUUGGGAAACAACAGUUUUUCAACCCCGCAUCUGCCUUUGAUAGGCAACGACCUUGGGCGCGGAGCAUUGCAGAAGACACCUUUGUCGUACUGCAAUCUGGGUUACAUAAGCAACGAAUUGAAUAAGACGGAAAGUGAUACGAGAAGGCCAUUGUCUUCAUGCGGGUCACGGGCCGUUGGUCUAACUAGAAACCAUGCGUGCAGAGCUACAAUUGGAGCAAUUAAGUUCAGCGGUGGUGAGGAAAGAGCACCGGUAUUGCACCCAUCUGGAUGUGUCGACAACCCCAGCAGUAACGACCGGACAUCCGCGGCAGAUGGCGACGAAGCCAUCGACUGGAGUUGGCUGAACGAAGUUGAAAACGCUGAAAGAGUUGUCGUCGAAAGUCCACCUGCAGUUGUUGUGGUCGAGGAAGGCAUGGCAACGGGAGUUGAGGACACCAAACGACCCACGUGGUUGCGCAGGUCGAUGCGACGCCUUCAACCAUUCGCGAUACCCUCCAAUUCCAGCAGCGACCCUCCGACAGAAGAUGCACCACAAACGUCCGCGAUGGACAAUCUCGAACCGGAAGACGUUCACUUCCUAAAUGUGACUACUUCAGGCUCUUCGAGACCUAUUAGCGCACCAUCAAGGAUAUCUUCUGGACAAGUAACGAGGUCUCGGUCCACAGAUCGGACCUCCAGAGAUCCAACGGGUCGCGCUCGAAGCAGCUCUGCUUCCUCCAGAUCUCGAAGACCCAGAAGUUUAUCGAGCAGCGUUUCUAGCAUUCCCUCCAGUGUAGAUACGACACCUAGUUACACUCCAACACCGACAUCCAAUUAUAAUAACAAUCAGGAUGAGACCAACAACAACAACCCUAGAAGAUCAUGUGAGAGAGUGCAGCGUACAAGUAGCAACGAAAUGCCAGAGGUUGAGAGUCCUUUAGGACAGUGGCCCCAUAGUUUGAGUUCUACAUUAGCCUACGUGGGUUGCACUUUGGGAAUCUUCAAUAUUUCACGUUUCGCAACGCUGUCAAUCCACUUUGGGGCGAAUUUCAUUUUCCAGUUCCUCAUAGUCAGUCUAUUCAUCGGAUUGCCACUGUUUACACUGCAAUUAUGCCUAGGCCAGCAGCUCGGAUCUGGUGUCAUAGACAUGUGGAAGAUUUCGCCGAUGUUCCAAGGGGUUGGCGUUUCCCUACUAUUUUUUAACAUCCUGAGCGGUGUCUACAGCAUCAUCGGCGUUAGCUGGAUGUUCGUUUACUUCAGAGACUCAUUCAUCACAAAAUUCGAACGAUACAGAUGGGCAGAGCCCGUAAAUUUCUACAGAAAUGCGAAUUCGCAUUUAUUACUGAACGGUACAUACAAAUUAUCGGAAACCGUUCCGGAUUAUUUAUCGGGGAUCGUUCUUCAGAGACACUAUUUGGCAUCUGGCAAUCCGACUGGAACGAUAAAAUUCCAACCGGCGUUCAACCUUGCGGUUGUAUGGAUGAUUGUCUUCGUUUCUCUCAGCAAGGGAUUACGAUCUUAUGGCAAAGUGAUUUACGUCUUUACUCUGCUUCCGAUCUUCGGAAUGUUUGUCCUUGCUGCAAAGCUUCUUGGAAUGAUGCCGCCGGACUUGAUGAAUAUCAUCUUUCCAGAAACUUCCUGGAACGAAUUUUUCGUAAACUCGAAGAGUUGGAUGGCUGCGUGCCAGGAAGUGUUUUUGACUUGGGGUCUUCUGGGUGCUGCCGUCAUGCAAAUAGCGUCGCACAACAAGAAUAAACACCUGUUACAACGGGAUUCUAGUCUUAUAGCUGUUAUAACUAUAACAAUUUUAUUGUUAGUCGCGUUUCUAGCCAAUACAUGUGUUCAAAUACUCAAAGCGAAUGGAUACACGUAUCAUCCAGAUUCUUUCGAAGGGAUAAACACGUAUACAUUCCUGAGACAUGCCAAGGAUCCAUUACCGCCUAACUUAGCCGCCACUCCAGUUAAAUACAUGGUGCAUAACUCGUUUAUCGUUGGGGACAGAGUAACGAGACCCGGGGUUGAUCCUUCCGCAGAAAGUGGAUAUCAGGUAUUGCGUUUUGCAACAGAAUUGAUUCCAGCAACUUUCGCGAUUUUGGGUGCCGAAAAGAUUUCUCCAUUUUGGACUGUUCUAUUCUACUUCAUUCUGAUUCUGUUCGGAAUUGCACAACAGCUGGCCAUUUGGCACUGCGUUAUUACUGGAAUUAUGGCUAUUAAGGCGAAAGUACUUAAGUCGUGGGAGACCACAAUAACUUUCUUCAGCUGCGCUUGUGGGUUUGUGCUUGGCUUACCUAUGACCACAGAGUUUGGAAUAUACGUUGUUUAUUUCCUGGAUUUAACCGUUGGUGGUGUUUGGUGGCUCAUUCUGAUAAUCUUACUACAAAUUUUAGCUGUUUUCAUGGUGCGUGGUCGUCCGUAUAGCGGAGACACCAUAGUCACUGCCAUAUUCAACUCGAAUACCGCUAGCUGCCUAAUGGGAUGGGCUCCGGCUUUGCUCUCGUUCACUUGGAAUGUAAUUCUUCCUGUAAUUCUAAUGGUUUGGUGCAUAACAUUUUUCAAGAACGGUAACUUCAGAGAACUUUUCGUUUGGCAUCACGGUCUGGUUUUGGAAUAUUGGCCCCUGUGGGCUCGUCAAAUUGGUUCUUUGCUGCAGCUACUUCCUAUUCUGGCAGUUCCCUUUAUAGCCGUCAUUCAGAGCUACAGAUAUUUGAAUAACGGUCCGAACGAUAUCUUAGAAGAUUACGAGCAAGACCAUUAUCGCAUCCAGUUGUUGUAUCGACCACCUCUUGGAGAGCACAUGGAUGACAUUGCUAUACAGGAAGCUGCGGCGGCAUCUCUGAACAACAAUGGCAACAGCAAUCUGGGAACUAUCCCAGCAGAAGAUCCUCCCCCAAAGUAUACACCUCCACCAUCUUAUACAACAGCAACAGGGGCCAGGAUUGCAAAGCUCUUGAGGCAAAGUAUAAGGCGCAGUGUGAGAAGGAUUGCAAAUGCUUUGGGUGAGAGUAGUGGUUCGAGGACGAGGCCGACAACGAGUUCACAAGUUGAAAGCCAACAGCCGCCGCCGCCAGAUUACAAUGAUGUACUUGUUGAAAUGAAUCAGAAUCAACGAGAUGUUGCAAUUACUGUACCUGACGCGUGCCCAAGUACGCUCCAAAGAGAACUGGCCACUAUAGCCACUUCCAGUACGGGUCUUACAGCCGCCGAUGUAGCUUGUAUUCUUCGCAGCAGCUUCCGCCGAAGCACAGUACGACGCCCUUUAACAAACGACCAAACAUUAAGUUCCCUAAGUGCAGAGAAUCUGGUUGACUCUGCAGCGCCGAUCGGAGAAACUUCCUUGGUACUUAACUUAGGAGACAAUAAAGAUAAUAACGUUUCAACUGUGAUAUAGUUCCUAAGUUAUCUUUACUUAUGUAACCAAAAGAACUAUAAAUAGAAUUCUAUUUAUUUCUUAUAUUUAUGUAC